AUGGCGCGCGUACCAGAAUCAGUUUUCGCUAAUUUUGGCCUGGCUUUGCGUGGGAGGCGCAUGGCGCGCCCCUGGCCGCAAGUUUUCACUGAUGGUGAGCUUAGAGGAGGGGUUACUGGAGCACUGAUUGAGCCACCGUGGAUCAACAGUGGUGGGAGAAGCGGGUGUUUCUUUGACGGAGUACCAUUGGAGAAUGUCUUAAGCCAUGGUAGGAUUGGAUUGCCAUCGAUACCACCAUUGACCAUUUCGUUGGGAGGAAGGAAGGGGGAAGAUGCACCGCUGGGGAAUGAGGAAGAAGUAGGGCUUGCAUUGUAUGAUGCUCGUGGACUGACUUGGUAUGAUGAACAUGGGCUUGGUGACACGGAGCAACCGAUAUGA